AUGGCGUCACCUGAGCCGCAUUCGGAAGCGGCAACUGGGACGCCGGCAGAUGACGUCGAGAUCUCUCGACGCUAUCGGAGACUUCUGACGCGCUCGGUUCGGCGUCAACGCCGUCGCUCCGGCGGGUUGGCGGUACGCAAUCAGAGUUUAAUCAAGGCCGACGGGCGCAUCUGCGGGCGGUGCCGGGCGCGGCUAAUUGAGCGGAAGGGCACCGUAGGGCGGGCAGAGUGCCGCCGUGACGUCUCAAUUAACCCCAUCGCUGCUGGAAACGCACGGAGCCCACAGACGUGCCGGGCAGCCGUAUUGAUGCGAAUGAACUGUCAAAAAUGGCGGGAAGCCUUUCUUAUCCUUAGUAAUCCUUAC